GCGGGCAGUAUACAAUGGGAUGCAUAUGCUCUUCAUCGUCUCUAAACAAAGCAAACUAAACAAAGCAGAGGUCGUCUUUACGCACAUUCAGACGACGACGUGCUUUGCACCUCAACCAUCGAUUGCUCUUAUCGCAGUACAAUGGAUAGCCAUAUUCAGAUCUUCCUAAACAAGCUCUCCCUCGCCUCCUUCACCAUUGCCACGCUCAUCCUCCUCUCCCUCUUCCUCCGCAUUCCCAACACCUGCGUCCACAUCUCCGGCGGCCACCUCAAGCCCCACCACCGCUUCCCCAAAUCCACAUGCGACUUCACCGCCCGACCCUUCACCUCCGUCGAUAAACGCAACCGCCGCCUCUGGUCCACCAAGGCCUGGACCCAAACUGUCCGCUCAUACGCGGAUCUAUUCCAGCUCCUCCGAGACAAGCGCCUCUUCUCCGACCAUUCUCGGGCCCUCGUUGUUUCUGCGGGCCCCGGCCACGCCGUCAUGGCGUUGAACGAUCUCGGAUUGAGCGAUGUCACCGGAAUCGAGCUUGUUGACUCGCCGCCUCUAGUGAGCCGGGCGGAUCCUCACAACCUUCCAUUCUUCGACGAUGCGUUCGAUUUCGGCUUCAGUCCGUAUUUGGACCGGGCCCUGUUCCCCGCCCGAUACGCGGCUGAGAUGGAGCGGGUGGUUCGAGAUGGCGGCGCGUGUGUAGUUGCGGUGGAUGAGUGCGGGGAAGGGCGAAUUGAAUCGGUGGUUAGAUUAUUCGGAAAAUCGAAGUUCUUGGGCGCCAUGAACGUGACCUUGGGUGGGGAAAAGAGGACACGGAUUGUGCUCAGAGUUAGAACCUAGAACUGAUCAAUUUUUUUGGCGGUUUGUUCAUCGAAAUUCAAUCUCAGCUGUAAUUAUCAAUUCAUCCAGUAAGGGUUUUACUUACAGACUUACUCCCUAAUACAUUUAACCAGAUUACUCUAUCACAGACUUAUAAGGUUCAUUUUUAGGAUGAAACUCUACUAUACUAAUAUCUUGCUGUAUAUUUUAGUAUGUGUUGUUUAAUGUGUUUGAUGUGGGUAGGAUGUAACAUCAUUUUCAUUUAACCCCGCAAAGGCUCUCAUCUACGGUGGGGUAAGGGUUGGAUGGCCCAUAGUGAAAAUCUCAUCCAAAAAUGCAUGGACAACAAAGAAGCGCAGACAGUAAUGUUGGAGUUUUGGGGCUUGAAAAUUUUACCAGAGGAGCAUUCAGUAAACAAUGGCCUGGUGCAAUCUUCAGUCCAAAGAGAAGAGUUGGGAUUUUGUCUGAGAGUGGCAAAACGCAGGUUGCUUCCUUUCAAUGUGGGAAUUUGUUCUUUGAACUCAUGAGCCAAGUCAAAACUAUGGGUUAUGUUUCUGUCUCUCUGGAAGAGUUGCUAUACCCAACCUCUAAUCUCUAAGAAAAAAUGGCUCCGAUUGGUUCCACAUGCUAUGAUAGAAAUGUCGAAGCCCAUCAUUUUGAGGUUCACAAUCUCAGUUACAAUACCAACUUCAGCACCAUAGAUUCUUCACAUGGUUCAUUCUUCUAAAGGUUCUUCCCUUUUCCCUCUCCACGGGAAGGAAAAGAUUUGGACACAACUCACGAGUGUAUUUUUGUUAAACAUUAUUGAUGUUAGGUGCUUCCACACAUAUUUUCAUAACAAGGAAUUCUUAUACAGAGUAAUAUAAUGAUUAUAACAAGUCAUGAUAGAUACAUUAUUAUUCAGAAUGACAUUCACUCUGUAUCUUAAGUACCUGUGAGACAACCCAAUUACUUUAAAGUGCAUAAGCAG